UCUUUUAUAUUUUAGUCCUAUUUUAUGUUCAUACUAAUUUAAGGGUCACAAGUGCGAGUGAUAAAAUGAUACAAUUGAAAAAAUAAGCAUAAAAAAGUAUUCAUACUAGGCUGUUUUAGAAGCAAGAUUUUCGAUUUGCGUCUGUCGGAAGUUUGCGCUUUCCGGAAGCGUGCGCAAGUAUUGGGAGAUCGGUUGGUUGCAGUGCGUGCUUCGCCCAAAAAGAUUUAGAUUUUUAUGCUUUUUACAUCCAGCGUACACGAAUCUUCCUACACAAUCUGAAGUAUGCCGGGUGUUAGCAACCCGUUCGAGCAGCACCGGAAGCUGUUCAUCGGUGGUCUGGACUACCGGACAACGGACGAUGGCCUCAAGGCCUUCUACGAGCAAUGGGGCGAAAUCGUGGACGUUAUCGUGAUGAAGGACCCGAAGACCAAACGGUCGCGCGGCUUUGGGUUCGUCACGUACGCCAAGCCCGGGAUGGUGGAUGACGCGAUGGCCAACCGGCCGCACGUGAUCGACGGCCGAGAGGUGGAGGCCAAGCGGGCCAUCCCGCGCGACGACUCGGGCCGCAUGGAGAACAACGUCACCGUCAAGAAAAUCUUCAUCGGCGGCAUCAAGGACGAGGUGCAGGAGAGCGACCUGCAGGCCUACUUCGGGAGUUUUGGCGAUAUCGUUUCCGUGAACAUGCCCAUUGACAAGAGUACCGGCAAGAUGCGCGGCUUUGCCUUCAUCGAGUUCCAGGACUACGACUCGGUCGACAAGAUCGUAUUGCAAAAGGGCCACGAGGUCUGUGGCAAGUCUGUGGACGUGAAGAAGGCUCUCAGCAAGGCCGAGAUGGCGGAGCUGGGCAGCGGCGGCCGCGGUGGUCGCGGCGGCGGCGGAUUCCGGGGCGGCCGCGGCGGCGGCGGCUGGGGCGAGGGCGGCCGCGGCGGCGGUCGCGGUGGCGGCGGCUGGGGCCAGAGCGGGCCGUGGGACAGCCCCGGCGGCCAGUGGGGCGGCGGCUACGGCCAGGGCGGCGGUGGAUACGGCGGCGGCGGCUACGGAGGUGGCGGCGGCUACGGCGGUGGUGGCUACGGCGGCGGCGGCGGCUUCGAUAACUACGGCGGCGGUGAGUGGCAGAGCCUGCUCCCGUGUGCCGAGGGAAGUCGCCGAGUCACAAAACGAAAACACUACUCAAAAACAUUCUCGGCUUUCCGGGUCAUC